AUGGAUAAUAUUAAUUUAAUAGAUAAUGAUAAUGAUCAUUUAGCACCACCACCCUUAAAACCAACCUUAUUAAAAAAACAACCACAAAGACAACAAAGAUCUAACCAAAGCUCAUUAACACCACCCCCACUACCAUCGUUGGUAUUACCAGUUCCAACAAUGACCUUAAUAAAAAAAAAUCACUAUGAAUCCAGAUCCCCAUCAACCGAAUCAGAUAUAGAAUUUAAAAAUUCUUUAUCAACAAACCCAGAUAUUAAAGUAAUUAAAAAACUAGCUGAAAGAGGCCAUUCAUCAUCACAAGCCUGGCGUAAUGACAGAGCCAAAAUAGAAUUUUGGUUAGAAAAGAGCUCAAAUUUAGGAUAUGAAGAAGCAUUAGCAACAUACUCUGUUUAUUUACAUGAUGGUACAUUAAAUUAUCACAACUACCAAAAAGCAUUCAACCUUUUUAAAUUAUCAGCGUCAUUAGGUGUAGAUAAUAACUGCUCUUCUCAUAUAGGUAUUUGUUUUUAUGAAGGUCAUGGUCAUGUAGUGGAUUACAACGAAGCUUAUAAAUUCUUCUAUAUCGCCGCCCAACAAAAUAACGAGUCGAUAAGCUUCUUUUACUUAGCUCAAUGUCUUUAUUAUGGUCACGGUGUAGAAAGGAACUAUGAAUUAGCAGCACAGUGGUUUCAAAAAAGUAGUGAUGCAGGCUAUGGUAUUGGCUCUAAUGGUUUAGGAUUAUGCUAUUUACGUGGUCAUGGUGUUCAACAAGAUUUCCCAAAAGCCAAAGAUAUAUUUAAUAUAAUAAAGCAUGAAUACCCAGAUUUGGAUGUAGAUAUUAAUUUAAAAACAUCUAUACUCUGUAUGGAGCAUAGAUAUGAACCAAACGAAAUCAAUAAUUUUAUUCAAGAAAAUUUACAACAACCUAUAAAACCAAAAUCAAGCAAAUCGGCAUUGAAAGCAGAAAAAUCAAAAAAACAUACCUUUGGUCUUAGUAGUAAUACUGCGGGUGUGCUUGGUAUUGUCUCAUCAACUUUAGAUGCAGGUUAUCAAUUUUAA